AUGCUGCUUAGUGUAUCUCUGCUGCUUUUAUACCAGCUAUUUCAUAGAGGUGAGCAUCUGCCCUUGCAGCUGUUAUAUCGCAGAAGAACAUUGUAGUAAUGUGCACAAACUACCGUGCUGUGUUUAUAUCCCAUUCCUUGUGUGUUCCAGGUAUUGGAGAGCCACUUCAAAAUGAGGAGACUCAAGGAUUUCCAUGCGAGGGGGCUAGUCCUUCCUUAACGUGGUACCUCAAUGGGGUGAAGCAAGAUACCGGGGUGGGCAAGGACCCUCCAUUCCUUUUACCACUAACCCCUGGUAGUUCUAGUAUACUUACCCUAGCAGAAAGUGGGGCAGAUAACUGCAGCGAACCAUCACAGAGAGAAGAACUCCUGAGCAUGCACUGUAAGUGUUAAAUUAAAUAUUAUGCUGCAUAUAUUGUGGUAUGUUUCAUCAGAAAUAGUUUUGCUGGAUAUACCGUGCUGCGUGAGACCAAGAACUGGUAUGUGGUGUGUUUGAGAGAUAAUGUGUUGAAGGGGUCCUUAAUUUCUAUGAUGAUUUGACAAAUAAAUGGCUGAGCAGUUAAAACAGCUGAGCUAGAAGUUUUAAAUUUUUGCCUAAAAUUAGGUUUUUCUCUACAAUUUCUGUCCCGUGAAUAGCUUUAUCUUUGUUUUUUUUCCUUCUUCAGUUCCUGCUGACUCUCCAGGUCAUAUUUCACGUAGUUCCGGGCUCUCUUUACUCCUACUCCUAGUAAUCCGAGCCCAGCCUCCAACCAGCUUUACUCUGCGAGGCCAGGACGGGAAGCUUGCGCUCAACUCUUCUCGUCUGCUCUUACUUGACACCCGAAACGUGGAAGGCAACGGGAGCUUAAAGGUAAAGGUCAGCACUGAAAAUGGUGGCAUCAGCCGAGCAUCUGUAUCAGCAUUGGGUGAGUGAUCUCUUAAAGGCACCCCGUACACUCAGAUUUAGUAAUCUAGUGCUCAUUCUGCCUUCUAACUUUUUUACAUCCACUAUCUUUUCUUGUUGCUAACUACACUGCUCCAACACACCUUAGGUCUCCUCUCCACCCGGGUAGAACUCCCCCUCUUGGCCUUGGUUGUGGGGGUUGCUGGAGCGACUGCUGGUAUUAUUUUGGUGAAUUCCCUGAUCUGCUGCUUCUUGCUAAGGAGGAAGAGGAGGGAACGUAAGUGAGUGGUCGAGGAGCAGUGUGGAUGAGUGUUGGCAUCUCUUUUAUAGCUGAUGUAAUGUGUACUCAGAUAAUCUAACACAUACAGAGGCACAGAGGGAUGUGAGUGCUGUAUCAUAAAGACUAACCAGGACAGUGUCGAUUUGGAAAAACGGCGCCUGAGAGAGGAUAUGAUAACUUUAUACAAAUAUAUUUGGGGCCAGUACAAACCUUUAUCUGGAAAUCUAUUCAUAAACAGGGCUCUACAUAGGACACAAGGUCACACAUUUAGGCUGGAAGAAAGGAGAUUUCAUAUAAGGCAAAGAAAAGGGUUUUUUUUACACUAAGAGCAAAAAAGAUAUGGAAUUCUCUGCCUGAAGAGGUGGUUUUGUCAGAGUUACUACAGAUGUUUAAACUGCAAUUAGAUAAAUACUUCCAAAAACAUAACAUACAGGGAUAUCAUUUCUAAUUAGUGGGGUAAUAGCUGCUUGAUCCAAGGAGACAUCCGACUGCUAUUUUGGGGUCAAGAAGGAAUUUUUUUCCUAGUUUGUGGCAAAAUUGGAAGUGCUUCAGACUAAGUUUUUUGCCUUCUUUUGGAUCAACAGCAACAACAUAUGUGAGGAAGGCUGAACUUGAUGGACGCAAGUCUCUUUUCAGUUAUGUAACUAUGUAACUAUGUAUUUUAAAUAAUGUAUUUCUAUUUUUUUUUUUUUUUUUGUAGAUGGCAUGAGAAAUCAACUAACGCUAAGGUGAGUAUCCACAUAUUUAUUCCCAUUCUCAAGGGAAUUCUGUAACAGAAAAUAUUUUUUCUGUAAUUUGUAUUCACCUGGGAGGCAAAGCGUAUGUUAAAGGGAUACUCUAAGCACCAAAACAACUUUAAUGAAGCAGUUUUGGUGUAUAGCUCAUGUCCCUGCAGUCUCACUGCUGAAUGUUCUGCCAUAUAGGAGUUAAAUAACUUUGUUUAUGCAGCCCUAUCCACACCAAAUGUGGUUAUAACUCUCACAGCCUCCAUGAAAAGUUUUUAUCUCCUGCUCUGUUAAUUGAAGUUUAAUCACAUACAGGAGGCUGCUGCAGGCUCUAUUGGGCUAUUAACAGUGCAAUAGAUAAGAAAUCAUUAAGGAAAGCUUAAAAUGUAGACUCUUUUUUUCCAGGAAGUUUGUUGGAAGGCUGUGUGAGUAUGAGACAGGGAAGGUGUGGCUAACAUGUGAUGUAACUCCCAAAUGGCAGAGACUAUGGAGGUAUAAUCUAUACAUAAAGUUGAUUUGGUCCCAUUUGAAGGGACCUGAUCCUGGGAUGUUCAUUGUACUAAAGCUCUGUAUAAGUAAAUCAUCACUGUGUUAAUGUUAUGAAGAAGAUACUUGAGAUGGUAUCUAAUCCACAUUUUUCUACAUUCUACAGCCAAUACUAUAAAUAAAAUAUGCAGGCUAUAAAAUAUAAAAAUGGAAAAACAAAUGAUACUCAUUUUCAAAGCUGCUGAAUUUUCUGCAGUGACCUUUACUCAGACUAGGAAGUACCGAACAUCUGUCAGCCAUUUGAAGUAAUUGAUUUCACAAACACAUCACAUAAACCUUUGCAUAACUUACUGAUAAAUCCAUUUAUGCCAAGAAUAGAGUAAUAGAGGUAGCUGCAGUUUUUUUUUCUGAAACAUCUAUCUUAAUCAGUUACAGGAGGAACUGGGUACAGUGUGCACCUGCAUUAUGGCAUGAUCCUUACAAGCUCUUCACUGGGCAGGAUGCAACUACUUCCUUCUGGGAUGUCUCUGAGUAACUGGCAUAUAGGUGUAGUGAUGUUUGGAAGUCCAAUGAGUUAUACGCAACUGUCCAAGGUCACAGUGAUAGGCAACUUCCUUGCACCAUCCAAUAACCUAUGCAAGAAACUUUAAGUCUUAUUUGGAAAUGUCACCCCUAAUACUGCACUAUAGUAUGCAAUAUCAAUAUUACGCAAUGAUAUACAUAGAUCUUAAAAUGUGUUAAAGACUCUGUUUGGAAAAGAUAGAUUGAGUAGCUGUGAGGAUCCUAUCCUCAUCCUAUCCUAUCCUAUCCUAUACUAUCCAUAUUCAUAUUCAUAUUAAGAGUUGAGAAUAGCUAUUGUUCAUGGUUGGGUAUAUCCGAUUAUGAAUCUGACUCGUUAUCAAAUAGGGAAAAGUAAACUAUGUAUUGAAGGAUAUCACUAUGUCUCCUGUUUGUAUUCUCAGCACAUCGAAUAACAUGAAGUUAAAUAACAGUUGUCUCCCUCGGGAACACAUGUCUCUACCGUCCAACCUGCAGCUCAACGAUCUACGACCCCAAGCCAGAGGUACACAUAUCUUCUAUUUCCUUAAAGUGUUUAAAAUAAACUAAUGUUCAUUUAACAUGCAGUGCGGUGCCAAUGUUUGGGUCACCCUGGAGGCAAUACCUUCUAAUCGUGUGCAGUGAUCGAUUGACUCCAUGGGGUACAUUUAUCAACAUGUUCUGUUCUAAAAGGUGGAGCACAAAUAUAAAAGGGUUUGAAAGUCUCCAGUGGAAUGUGUUGGCUGGGUCUACUGGUUUCCAUGGUGAUUGCAGCACUUUUAGUACUUUAGAUCACUUUUUAGAAUAGAACGUGUUGAUAAACAUCCCCCAAUUUAUUAUCACUCAUUGGGUGCUGUCUCUCAACUGCUAGUCUGGGCAACACAUGCCUCAUACUUGUUUUUCACCUCAACUCCCAGCUCCCAGAAUUUCUAAUAUUGAAGGGUAUAUUCCUACAGGGUGAUGCAGGUCACAUACAUAAUUUCUUAGUUACGUGCUUCUUCCUAACAUUCUAUCUUUGAAACCUUCACCCAGGACUGCAGGAUGCUUCGGCAGAUGAUACACAGGAAGAUGUGUCUCUGCGUUGUGGAAUAUUGUCUGACACAGGUAGGUGAAGAUUACAGAUCCAUUCAGUUUCACAGAGGUAAAUCACAAUCUCAAGCAUAUUGAUCUUUUAUUUCUUGUUAUAAAAGCAAAUCUUAAAUAAAAACUUUAAUAUUGAACAUAAUAAAAUGGGAUAUAAUAUUUUGUAAUGGAUAUAUAUAUAAUAAUAAAUACCUCUUUUCUGUGCAUACUUUUAAUGGAUACUCUAAGCGCCAAAACAACUUUAGUUUAAUGAAGCAGUUUUGGUGUAUAGAUCAUGCCUCUGCUGCAACACUACUCUAUACCACUUAGGAAUAAAAUCACGUUUGUUUCUGUUUAUGCAGCACAAGACACAGAAACAAACCUAUGAAUGCAUUGAUGGACAAAGCCAACAAGAAAGAAAAUUGUUCAUUUCCAAUCAGAUCUUACACCACAGAGUAUUUAUUUUAGAAGUUUUUAUCUUUUGUUCUGUUAAUUCACUCCUGCAAACAUUAGCAGACUAUUAACAGAGCAGGAUAUACAUUCUAAAUUAAACAGACUUUGCAGUGAAGGAAGUUUAAAACUUAGGUCUCUCUUUACAGGAAGUGGGCAGGGAGGCUGUGUAAGUCGCCAGCAGGGGAGGUCUGGCUAGGGCUGCAUAACCGAAGUGAUUUUACUCCCAAGUGGCAGAUACUAUACACCAAACUGCUUUGUUAAUCUAAAGUUGUUUUAGUGCUUAGAGUGUCCCUAUAAGCCCUCUUUCGUCAGAAGCACCACCUAUCCCACUGAAAACUAUGGAGGUUACGGAGUAUCAGUGUUAUUCACUAAAGUAAGAAUUCAAAGUGAAUUUUAAAUGUAAUGCCAAAGAACGGGAAACAAGCUGGCUUAGAGAUUCUUUUCCAUUUUUACCACAAUUACCUUAAAUUUUAAAUUUAAUUGAAUUCUCACUUUAGUAAAUAACCUUGUUUGUUUUCACAUAUCCUUAAGUCAUGAACUGGGCAUCUCAAAAAAAGCUCACUGAGAGGUAAGCGGUCCAACUGCAGCAUAAGGAGGUGUUUAAAGCAUAUGUAUGAAGUACCAAAUAUAUACAUGGAGGUAGUGUUACAUUUUAUCUUUUAUUUCCAGUAAUAAAAAUGAGUACAGUUUUUCUUUAAAUGGGCACUCUAUACACAUUGUAGUGGUUAUGCUACAAAUAGUCUAUGGGUACCACCAUCAAAAAAUGUGUCAUGACAUCCGCAGAAUAUUAUUAACAUACCUUCUAGAUUGAGUUGUAUGUAUAUAGUGCCCCUUCAUGUCAUUGGAAGUGGUACAUUACUGGUAAUACUGAAGCCAUAUAUACUCAUAUAACCACAUUCAGUUGCAUAAAAAUGGCUAAAAAUUAUUCAGGAACUCUGGAAACGUUUAUUAGCUUUGAUUACAUAAGAAUUGCCUGGCCUAUCUAACUGAUUUUAAAAAUGUCAGGCUUUUUUCCAAGUCUGACUUUAGAAUAGCUCUUGGCCAUUCAGUUCUUUUAUGCAUCUAUUAACAGCUGGUUUGGAGAACACAGUUUAUGUCACAUGUUAUAUACCAAUUAAAGGAACACACCGAGCACCAUAAUCACUACAGUGUGCUGUAGUAGUUAUGGUGCCAGGGGUGGCCUGGCACCCCCACAGUGUAAAGUUUCGUAUAAUUUUGUAAUGGUUCGGCUUCUAACCCUUGGUCUACCAUGGGCACUCCACACCGACUCUCCACUGGAUGCAGUGCACUGUAGUGGUUAUGGUGCCUGGAGUGCUCCUAUAAACAGCUCAACUGCAAUGACCAAAAGACUGUUGUAGAAUCUACAUUUUUUAAUAAUUCUGGUAAAAUUCACUUAAGUCAAAUGCAAUGAUUCCACUAUUCUUUGCUGAUUUUCCAAGACCCUGGAUCUGAACUCAGAACUUGGAUUUAUUAAAUAGGUCUUAAUAAAACUGAGCUCAAGUUCAGCUGCCAACGCUGCUUUUCAUUGAACUCUGAAUAGUUCCCAAAUAGCACUGCUGAAGAGUAUUAAAGAAAAUAAAUAAAUCCCAUCCCUCCAGUUGCAAAUUCUAUUCUUCUGUCACAGUGAUCACUGUCAUGGCAGUAUGAGAUAUAUGAAUGAAGUCAUGCAAUGUCUAUGAGAACAUUGUCAGUCAGUUUCUAAACUUUUCUCAUCUUCUCUUCUAGGAUUUGAUCGUUUUCCACUGGUUGGUUACAUUUAUAAAGCACCCAGUGUGAGCAGUGAUGAAAUAUGGCUGUGA